AUACAAGUCACAUAGAUACACCUGCUACACUCCUAUAGCGCUUGAUGCAGGUGCAUGCACUAUAAACUAGUUUAACUGUUGAGUGUUGGUGUAUGUUAUUGUUGUACCUGCUGGUAAUGGUAUCUCUCGAAUUUUGAUUAUAUUCACAUUUGUUUUUAAUAAGACUGUCAUUGCCGUGGGAACCUAAAAAGGAACUGCACCAAGACAUUCAAGAGAUGAGGCCAAACCGCAAUAUCUGGUCAGUAAAAGUUUAAAGGAAACGGCGGAAGGUAUUCUUGCUAUCAUGAUGACAGAGCUGCAUGAAGCCGCUGCAUCGGGAGACAGUGCCCAAAUUGAAUUGCUGCUGACGACUGGAAAAUAUGACAUUAACGGACCGGACUUAGAAUGGAAUUCAAGAUGUCCGAUUCACUGGGCUGCUAUCAAAGGGCAUGCAGAAAGUAUACGGCUUCUGGCAAGCUACGGAGCUAGGCUGGAUGUCGUGACUGAUGAAGGCUGGACGGCGACCCACUUCGCCUGCGAACAGGGAAAAAUACUUGCACUGAGGGCGCUCUACAAAUCGGGUGCGUCGAUCGACAUGGAAGAUAAUUUUGGAGAUACCCCUCAACGUGUAGCUGAGAUAUAUGGUCAUGACGAUUGCGUUACUUUUAUCAACGAGGCCCGCAUUGAGAUUGAGGAGAAGAAGCGGCAAGCGGAGAUCGAGGCAAAGAUAGAAGCAGAGAGGAAGAGGGUGGAGGAGGAGAAAGCCAAGCAGGGGAAAAUCUUGAAACAUCUGACAGAAAAGAAGGAAAAGAAAUCAAUACCUUCAAGGUGGAGGAAAGGAAAAAGAUGACCAAUCAAUAUUGCAUCUAUGAGCUGUUAAAACCUUCUUACUCAAAAGUUUAAGUCUCCUGAAAAGCUCUUUCAUUAUAGUUGAGACAUAAGUUGCAAACUUCUUUUGCCUAAAAAGUGUUCUCUAAAGGAACAAGGAAGCUGUUUUCAGACAACGCGAGGUUGCCACCAUCGGCAUGAUUCAAGAAUACAUACUUCACUAGGCUGUCCUGAAUUUUCUUCAUUUUGAUACGUUUCAACAGCUCACCAAUUUAUUAUACUUUAAUCUGUUGACUACUGCAUUCUGUCAUUCCGAGAGGCUCUGUACUGCUGGAGCUGCCUGGUUCCAGUAGGCAAUGUGUUAACCUGUUGACUACCAAAUUCUGUGAUUCCCAUUAGAUUUGUGCAGGGAUCGCCUGGUUCCAGUAGGCAAUGGGUUAACCCGUUGACUACUGAAUUCUGUCAUUCCCAUAGGCUUUGUACAGGACCACCUGAUUCUGGUAGGAAGUGGGUUAAAGGAACCAGGAUGUUAUUCCAUAGAAAUACUCUGGUUCCUGUUUCUUGAAUUUUGAAGAAUAACAAUAUUGCAAAGUACUUUCAAUUUCUUAAAUCAUGGUAUUCAAUUGAUUGAAAGCAACUCUAUUGUAGAAAUUUGCAUCAGCUUUUAAUUCAUUACAAGAUGUAUGAAUUGAGACCUCACAUUAAGAAAACCUUACUUUUGAUAGAAAUGUGGAAUACUGAUUGUGAUUCCCAAUCAUAUUAUUGAAAUAUCAAAAUUACUGUAACAACUUUAUCUUAUUACAUAAAUUCAGCUUGUUUUUUAUAUAAAUUUUAGGAAAAUGAUUAGAAUUUGAAUAAUUAUUUGUAAUAAUUUCCAAAUGAAAGUUUUUUUUUGACAAUCAGUGGCUUUCCAUGUUCAUGUAUCGGCAGUUCUUCAUGUUCUGAAUGACAAGCUAUGGUACAAUUCACAAGCUUGUGCUCUUAUGGCUGCAUCUUCCCUUUAAGUUAGAAAUAUGACAAAUCAUUUGAAUUAUGCAAUGUAUGUAUAUGUAAUGCCAUGUCUUUAUAAUAUUCUGACUAUUAUUUUAUGCCACAAAAAUUGUCGUAGAUGUUUUUCUUAGAUUCGCACUGCACUGCCAAACCAAACCAAAAUCAUUACUCAAGUUUGGUAUGCUUCAAAUCAUACGUUAUAUCAGCAUAUAAUUCCCUACCGUAAUGAAACAUACAGUGGUGCUAAAAAGUUUUCGAACCCCACCAGAAAAUGAUCAUAAUUAAAAGUGUUCAAGUUCUGCCAUCUUUUAGAUAUUUUAUUGUGAAGUCAGAUGAUGAAAUUUUAUAUGAAUAAAUUAAUUAAAGUUUGUUUCGCUGGGCUCCCCGAACAUUGUACGGUUUUUGUUUACAUCCAACACUCGGCAUGAAGGUGUGCAUAUUCUGGUGGGGUUCACUAACUUUUUAGCGCCACUGUCGUGCACGUCCACAAGACACGCAGCUGCCAAAGCUACCUCACAUACAAAAACAAACUUUUUUAUGCUGUCAUGUUCAAAGCUUGAUUUCAGAAGCAUGUGACUAUUUUGUUUUGUUUGGGAGAUCUAUUUGGCUUGAUGUAAAAGUUUGGUACAUCAUAGCAGUUUGGAUAUAAAUUUUAAUGUAAUUAAUACUCUGACCCACAUUGGUUUAUCUGUACAAGUAUUUGGAUAGCCAAAUGGAUUCCACAACGCUAUUAACAGUAGAGGUUUAUUUUUGUCAGCACAGUUGUCAUAAAAAUUAUUAAUAUCUGGCUGAAAAAUAUUAACUUAACAAUAUUUUUUUUUCACUGGUACAGAGUAAAAAAAAUGUAAGAAAUGUACAAUGUAAACAAAGCUUUGAAGUACAAACUUUGACCAUGUCCUAAAACCUGACUUACGGAAGUGACCUCACCAUAAUAGCCAUUUUACAUUUUAUGGGAGUUAUUACAAUUAGUAGUUGGGCAAGUCCAUAAAAUAUAUUCGUCCGACCCCCUAUACGUGGGACCUCAUUGAAAGUUUCUGUCUUUGAUUUCUUGUUCUUUUGACAGUCUGUAGUGUUCUCAAAGGACCAUGACUUUGUCAUUUUAUCAAGUGAAGAAACACUUGAGAAAAACGGGAGUCGGACGUACAAAAAGGUUGAUAAUUUUAUGGAAUUGCCCAGUUACAAUUUAUAUUCAAUAAACGGGUCAAUUUGUUCACGAUUCAGAGAUAUCAAUGCUGUGAUAUUUUAUCAGUUACAACAAAAAACAGAUUCCUAAAUUGUGAAUUUUAAGCUUUGUACAGAAUUCUGUAUUGUGUUGAUUACAUUACAUACAUUCUAUAUACACUGUAUCUGUCAUUUCUGUUUCCGUUAUGGUGACUCCUGGAGGAACUUGGCAAGACAUAAUUUUUGCUGGAAUAACGCCCAGCUGGUUUAUAACCAAUUACAUAGGAAAAAUAGUACGUCUAAGUUAAUUAGGCAUAGUGGCUGACCUGUAUCAUGAAUGUUUGGUAGAUAUUACUUUGGUUGCCCUUUAUAUACUAUAUAAUAUAAAAGUUUAUAUGACACCUAGCUAGAUCCUUGUCAUUUGAUUGGUUGUUUGAUAUCGAUCAUUCAGCCCAUUUUACAAUGACGUCAUCAACUGUGCAAUUUUGGAUCCAUACUAUUUUGUCCAUUGCACGCGUUCACUGGCACCCAGACUGCAGCAGGCGCCACACCACACGUAAUUUACCACUCGUGUUUGCAGCGCGCAUGUAUAUGUACCAUAGGUAUGUAUGAGACAAUCAACAGACCGAGCUCGCACUGCAUGAACAUAUUUUGCAUCGAAAUUCAUAAAUUUAAUAUGAAAACAGAUCUAUUUGUAGGUUUCAUGUAAACCAAAUAAUGAAUGUUCUUAUCAUUUGUGCAAUGGACAGAAUACUUCAUUCGGUGAAAAAUGAAAUGAAUUAUCCAUUCAACUCGUUCAUCUUUCACCUCAUAAAGUAUUCUGUCCAUUGCAUUCAUGAACAUUCAUUAUUUGUAUAAUGUUGUAAAUGUAUAUUGUAUAAAUGACUGUGUGUCUGUAUCCUUGUAGUCAAGAUAAGUGCCAUUAUCCUGAAGAGAAUAGUACAUGUAUAUUUACCCCCUGAAAAUGAACAAUUGAAUCUCAGCUGUACAGUACCUACUGAUAUGGAUCAUUCUAUUCAGGAAAGAAUAAUCUUUUACGAAAGUGAAACAGACGGGGGGGGGGGGGGGGGGGUUCAGUACGUAAAUGUAUGAUAUUAUUUACAACAGAUUAGGAAUUUUAUUGAGGAGUGCUGCUAUAACACGUGAUACAUACAUCCAUGAAUUUUAGGGGGGGGGAGGGAAUAUUUGAAAUCAUGUUGCAGAUGUAGGAGUACAUGUAUUUUUAAUAAGUAUUUAAAAAUUGAUCCCAUUUUUAUUGAUAUGCAUUGUACAUAUUCAUGUAUAUGGAUAAUUAAACUAUUUUACAUGAUUUUCAAUAUG